CGUCGGCGGCUGCACAAGUUGGCGUCUCAAGCGGGAAAGCGACAUGACGCGGACGAGGGACGCAUGACGACACCUUCUUCUUCUUCUUCUUCUUCUUCUUCUUCUUCUUCUUCUUCUUAAAGCAUCCUGCUGGAUUUUUUUGUUUCUAUUUCUUUUUUGGAUUCCACGCCGGGUCUGGUUGCGAUGUGGAGCCUGCGAGGGAUUGCGUGGACUCUGUGGCCGCUGCUGCUGGCCGCGGCGGCCGGCGGUGACAUCAAAGCGCGGAGCUGCAGCGAAGUUCGACAAGCUUAUCACGCCAAAGGAUUCGGUCUCGUCAACGUUCCACACCAGGAAAUAUCAGGUGAGCACCUGCACGUGUGUCCUCAGGGGUACACCUGCUGCACGUCUGACAUGGAAGACAAACUCCACCAGCAGAGCAAGCUGGAGUUUGAGAAGCUGGUGGAGGAGAGCAGCAGCGACAUGAGGGCCAUGUUUGUUUCCAGGCACAAAAAGUUUGACGAAUUUUUCCUGGAGCUCCUGGAUAAUUCCGAGAGGUCACUGAGCAGCAUGUUCACAAGGACCUUUGGGAAGCUCUACAUGAAGAACUCGGAGGUGUUCCAGGACCUGUUCACGGAGUUGAAGCGCUACUACACGGGGGGCAACGUCAACCUGGAGGAGAUGCUCAACGACUUCUGGUCCAGGCUGCUGGAGCGGAUGUUCCAGCUGUUGAACUCCCAGUACCACUUCACGGACGAUUACCUGGAAUGUGUCAGCAAAUACUCGGAUCAACUCAAGCCCUUUGGAGACGUGCCCAGGAAACUGAAGGCUCAGGUCACCAGGGCUUUGAUUGCCGCGCGGACAUUUGUCCAGGGCCUCAUGGUCGGUCGGGAAGUCGCCAACCGGGUCGCCAGGGUGAACGUUGCUCCGGCAUGUGUCCGAGCCCUGACCAGGAUGCUGUACUGUCCCUACUGCCGCAGCAUGCCUGGACUCAAGCCCUGCCAGAACUACUGCCAGAACGUCAUGAGGGGCUGCCUGGCUAACCAGGCCGACCUCGACCCUGAAUGGAACGUCUUCAUCGACGCCAUGUUGCUGGUGGCAGACCGGCUGCAAGGACCGCUCAGCAUUGAAGCGGUCAUCGAGCCAAUCGACGUCAAGAUCUCGGAAGCCAUCAUGACCAUGCAGGACAACAGCGGGCAUCUGUCCGCAAAGGUUUUUCAACGCUGCGGGCCACCGAAAGCCUCGGGGACGGGCAGAUCCGCUCGUGGCAUUUCCGACGUAUUCAGUGCUCGUUUCAGACCUUUCCCUCCGGAAGAAAGGCCAACCACAGCCACGGGGACGUUCCUGGAUCGAUUGAGGGGUGUCUGGAGGACAAUGCAACACAGUGUAAGCUUUCUAUUCCUUGUUCCUUUUACUGAGUCACCUGUGGCGCAGCUUUUGUAA